AAAGCCUGGUUGAACACAAGAGAAUACACACAGGAGAGAAGCCUUUUUGUUGUGAUCAGUGUGGGAAGAGAUUCACUCAGUCAGGAAGCCUGGUUGAACACAAGAGAAUACACACAGGAGAGAAGCCUUUUGGUUGUGAUCAGUGUGGGAAGAGAUUCACUCGGUCAGGAAGCCUGGCUUUACACAAGAGAAUACACACAGGAGAGAAGCCUUUUGGUUGUGAUCAGUGUGGGAAGAGAUUCACUCAGUCAGGAAGCCUGGUUGAACACAAGAGAAUACACACAGGAGAGAAACCUUACAGCUGUGAUCAGUGUGGGAAGAGUUUUCCUAGAUCAGAACAUCUGGUAAUACACCAGAGAACACACACAGGAGAGAAGCCUUACCACUGCUCAGACUGUGGAAUGAGCUUAACCACUUCAGGAAACCUGGCUGGACACAAGAGAAUACACACAGGAGAGAAGCCUUACCACUGCUCAGACUGUGGAAUGAGCUUCACCACUUCAAACAGACUUCUAGUACACAAGAGAAUACACACAGGAGAGAAGCCUUACCACUGCUCAGACUGUGGAAUGAGCUUAACCACUUCAGGUGGACUUCUAGUACACCAGAGAACACACACGGGAGAUAAAUCUUAUAGCUGUAAUCAAUGUGGGAAGAGAUUCACUCGGUCUGGAAGCCUGGUUUUACACAAGAGAAUACACACAGGAGAGAAACCUUACAGCUGUGAUCAAUGUGGGAAGAGUUUUCCUAGAUCAGACCAUCUGGUAAUACACCAGAGAACACACACAGGAGAGAAGCCUUACCACUGCUCAGACUGUGGAAUGAGCUUCACCAAUUCAAACGGACUUGUAGUACACCAGAGAACACACACAGGAGAGAAGCCUUACCACUGCUCAGACUGUGGAAUGAGCUUUACCACUUCAAACGGACUUGUAUUACACCAGAGAACACACACAGGAGAGAAACCUUUUGGUUGUGAUCAUUGUGGGAAGAGAUUCACUCAGUCAGGAAACCUGGCUUUACACAAGAGAAAACACCACACUGUUGGGUAACCUUUCCACUUUUGUUAGCUUAAUCCAGUUAAUGGUAGACUAGUGUACAUACACCGGAGAGAAGCCCUACAGGGUGAGUUUUGCCACCUCAAGCUUUCUUAAUGUGGCCUUCCUUAGUGUAAUUUGAUGUACUGUCAACAAGGGGUCCACCCUCUGAUAACUUUAACUAUCCAUUAUUUACAGAUUUCUAUUAAUUGCAAUGUGAGUGAAAUAGUCUGUGUUUGAAUGGUGUGGGCGUACGUACCCCCAACAACAGAAUGGUGUGGGUGUUUCCCAACAACA